AUGAGCCACACCCAUCCUCCAAGCCACGGACUUCGCCGCCGCGACGCGCUCGCCGCUGCAUUGGCCGGCAUCGCAACGCCUUUUGCCGCACUGGCCUCGGGCCCCGAGUCCAACUGGCCCAACCGCCCCGUGCGCAUGGUGGUGCCGUUUCCGCCCGGCGGCGGCUCCGACGCAGUGGCCCGCAUCCUCUCGACCGUUCUCUCGGAAAAGCUGGGUCAGCCCGUGGUGCUCGACAACAAACCCGGCGGUGCCGGCACGGUGGGGGUGACCUACGCGCUGCAGCAACCGGCGGAUGGCUACACCAUCGUGUGGUGCACGCCCGCCGCGCAGUACCUGGCUCCCAAGUCGGUGCGCUACGACCCGGUGGCCGACUUCGCGCCGGUGAGCCAGACGGUGGCCGCCACCUACAUCCUCGUGGUCGACCCGAAGCUGAACAUCCAUUCUGUGGCCGACCUCGUCGCGGCGGCCAAGGCCAAGCCGGGGAGCAUCAACUACGCCACCGCGGGCAUCGGAGGCCAGGGGCACCUCAUGGGGGCGUAUUUCAACCUGCUGGCCGGUACCGACAUGACCAUGGUGCCCUUCACCGGCGAGGCUCCGGCCAUCACGGGCGUGAUCGGCAGCCAGGUGCAUGCCACGUUUGUCAGCAGUGCCGCCGCCAUGCCGCAGGUCAAGGCGGGCAAGGUGCGGGCCAUCGGUAUGUCCGCUGCCAACCGCCUUCCCGGCAUCCCCGCGGACAUUCCUCCGAUUGCCGCGACGCUCCCGGG